UUAAGUUAAUUUUAUUACACGAUAUUCCUUGUUCACUAAAAUGGAGUGGAAUAGCCCAAACCAUCCAUUCUUAAUUUGGGCGUCAACUUUUUUAUGGCUUAUAUCUAUAUUCUCAAUUCUAUGGUCUUUAUUUUUACUAUUUUGUGUUAACGAUCUACUCUUUUUGACUGGAACGGAUUUAAUAAACGCUGUUGUUCUUUUAUGUGGCGUGAUAAUGUUACCAACGAAUAUAUUUAUUUUAAAUCAUAUUGCAAAGGGAAAGAAACUCGACCUUAGAUUACGAGUAUUCUGUUGUCCGUUAUGGCAAUGCAUUCUCUGGAUAAUUAUAAUCAGCUUUAUCGGUGUUGUUUUAUGCAUACACAGAUUGUAUAUUUGCCAGGACUUAGUAACUAGGUUCUUCGCAAAUAGUAUGAAGAAGUAUAGAAGUCAUCCAAAAUAUAAACGCUUCAUUGAUUUUCUUCAGGUGUAUCUGCAGUGUUGUGGGUUGCAUUCCUAUAAAGAUUGGUUUAGACAUGACUGGCAUGAGAAAGUUCGAGAUUAUGACUUGGAACUGUCACAAGACAAUAUGGGCGUCAAGAAGGAAACUUCUGAUAGUGUACCUUUGAGUUGCUGUAAAACUGGCUCGUGCGUGACCAACUUCCUUGAAGAGCUUGGUACCAAUUCAAUAAAUGAAAAUGGUUGCGGAAGUACAAUGUAUCGUCUUAUAAUAGUUUCAAUGAAUGUGCAUCUCCUCAUCUUUGUAGCUGUUAUUCUUUUAGAGAUACUAAUACUUCGGUACGUUGCUCUUCAUGCGAAUGGGGCACAAACAAAAUUAAUUGACCACAUAAUGCCCGUCAACGAACGAUUUGAUGUUUCUAGUGAUUCGUAUAACUUACACGAUCACAGUGAAAAUGACAAUCAAUACGAAAAAAGCACAUAAUUGUGUAAACUAUCCUUGAAUUUCUCAUUACUCUCUGAUUUAUUUGUCGUCUAUGUAUGUGGUUGUUACUCGUAUUUCGUUAACUAAAUGGUACA